GUCCGCCGCGGGUGGCCGGCAUGGCGGAGGCCCGGAAGCGGCGGGAGCUGCUCCCGCUGAUCUACCAGCAUCUGCUGCAGGCGGGAUACGUGCGUGCGGCGCGCGAAGUGAAGGAGCAGAGUGGCCAGAAAAGCUUCCUGGCUCAACCUGUCACCCUUCUGGACAUCUACACUCACUGGCAACAAACCUCAGAGCUUGGGCGGAAGAAGAAGGCAGAAGAAGAUGCAGCACUGCAAGCCAAGAAGAUGCGUGUGUCAGACCCUGUCAGCAGCUCUGAGAGCUCAGAGGAGGAUGAGGAAGUGGAAGCCCUGGCCGCUAAAGCCACCCCAAGGCCGACGGCUGUCAACUCCUCAGUCACAGGGGUGGAUUUGCCAGCAAGCGUGAAAGAAAAGGCCAAGGUGCAGGCACAGACCAGGGCCGGCAAGGUAGUGAAUUCUGUGCCACAUUCCUCAUCCAAGAAGGCCCUAACCCACCUGCUGACUGGGAAGUCAGCCCAGAAGUCAGCAGAACCCUCAACGAACAUUGUCUUGGCCUCAGAAACUGAAGAGGAAGGUGGUGGCCCAGCCCCUGCACCUGCUGCCAUGCCUGGCUUGGUGUCAGCGGGCCAGGCCGACAGCUCCAGCGAGGACACCUCCAGCUCCAGUGAUGAGACUGAUAUGGAGGUGAAACCCACCCAAGUCAAAGCCCCACUGCCAGCCCCUGCCCAGGAGUCCACAGUGAAGAAGACGACUCCAGCUCCCGGGAAGGUGGGGGCCAGGCCAACCCAGGCCCGAAGAGGUGCCCUGACCCCUGCAGCGGGGACCCAGAAAACACAAAAAGACUCAGAGAACACUGAGGAAUCUGAUAGUGAGGAGGAGCCCCCGACAGGGAGGCCCGGCCAGGUCAUGGACUCUGGGAAAGUUCUCCAGGCCGGAUCGGCCUCAGCCUCUGCCAAGGGGACACUCGGGAAAGUGGCUACCCCAGCAGCCCCUGGGAAGUCAAGGAAGCCAGAGGAGGACUCCGACAGCAGCGAGACAUCAUCUGACAGCGAGGAGACCCCAGCUGCCGGGACCCCACUCCAGGUGAAGCCCUUGGGGAAGACUCCCCAGGCCAGAGCUGCCUUAGCCCCUGCCAAGGGAUCCCCCAAGAAAGGGACCCCUCCGGUGGCCCCUGGCAAGAUAAGCCCUGCAGCCGCCCAGGCCCAAGUGGGGAAGCGGAAGGAGGUCUCAGAGAGCAGCAGCGAGGAGUCAGAUAGUGAGGAGGAGACGCCUGCAGCCGUGACCCUGACCGUGAACCCAGCUCAGCCGAAGCCUUUAGGGAAGAACUCUCAAGUCAGACCUGCACCUGCUGUGGGCGUGGGGCCCUCGGGGAAAGGCACUGGGCUGGUGCCCCCUGGGAAGGCAAGGCCUGUAGCCCCGUUGACCCAGGUGGCUAAGCCAAAGGAGGACUCAGACAGCAGCAGCAGUAGCAGCAGCAGCAGCAGCAGCAGCAGCAGCGAGGAAGAGUCUGACAGUGAUGGGGAGGUGGCUCCAGCUGUGUCCGCGGCCCAGGUAAAGCCCCCAGGCAAAGGCCUUCAAGUCCCAUCCUCGGCUCCCACCCAGGGGCCCUUAGGGAAAGUGGCAGCCCUGGUGCCCUCCCAGAAGCCUGGGCCUGGAACUCCUCAGGUCAAGGCUGCAAGGGCCGAGGAAGACUCAGAAAGCAGCGAGGAGUCGUCUGAUAGCGAGGAGGAGGCACCCACAGCCCCACCUCCUACUCAGGCAAAACCAGCUCAGAAAACUCAUCCCAAGACCUCCCCAGAGAAAGGUACCCCCGCUCCUGUGACCCCUACGUCUACCAAGGCUGCCGCCCUACAAGUGAGCACCCCAUUCCCCUGGAAGGAUAUGACAGCGACUUCUGCCUGCUCUUCAUCCCCUGCGGUGGCCCAGGGCGCCCAGCGGCCCAUGGAGAUCUCUUCUAGCAGUGAGGAGUCAGAGAGUGAAGAGGAGACAGCUCCUGCUGCAACAGCAAAGUCUGUGGGCAAAUGCCCCCAGGCAAGAGCUAACCCGGCGACCACCACGGGACCUUCGGGACAAGGAACCACGCCCCUGCUCCCCGGAAAGACAGGGCCUGCCAGUGCCCAGCUCAAGGCCAAGACGCACAAAGAGAGCAGUGAAGAGGGAUCGGACAGUGAGGGGGCCGCCUCCACUCCCGCGCAGGUGAAGGCCUCUGCAAAAACCCCUCAGGCCAGAGCCAGCACAGCUUCUGCAAGAGCAUCUGCAGCCCAAGGCGUCAUGUCAACCCCUAGAAAAGUCAUCACCUCCGCUGCCCAAGCCAAGCAGGGAUCCCCAGCCAAGGGGAAGCUUCCCAUGAAGACUGCCCAGAACAGUGCUGUGGGUAAGGUGGCAACCACAGUGGCCCAGGCCAACAAGGUGCCCAUGGGGAGGCCACAGGAGGAUUCGGAGAGCAGUGAGGAAUCCUCAGACAGUGAGGAGGAGGAGGCUCCAGCUCAGGUGAAACCUUUGGGAAAGACGCCCAAACUCAAAGCUCCCUUGGCCCCUGCCAAGGAGUCCCCCAGGAAAGGGACCCCUCUGGCACCCUGUGGCAAGGCAGGCCCUGUGCCUGCUCAGACCCAGCUGGGGAAGAAGGAGGAGGAUUCGGAGAGCAGCAGCGAAGACUCAGACAGCGAUGGGGAGACACCCAUGGCCGUGUCCGCAGCCCAGGCAAAAUCUGCUACACAACACCCCCAACUCAAGGCCUCACCAGUGAAAGGGGUCUUGGGCACCCCGGUGUCUGCCAAGGCCCCCACAGCUCAAGCAGACACACCAGCCCCGUGGAAGGCAAAGCAAACAAGUCCUACUGAGGUCUUAACGUCUCGCAAGGACAGUAACGCCAAAAUAUCUAGAGGCAAGAUCCUUACCCCAGCCCCUCCAGAGAAGAAGGCAGCAGAGUCCUCCGAGAGCAGUGACGAGGAGUUGCCAUCAAGCCAGGUGAUUAAACCCCCUCUGAUUUUUGUCGACCCUAAUCGCAGUCCAGCUGGCCCGGCUGCUACCCCGGCACAGGCCCAGACUGCAGCCGCCCAGAGGAAGACCCGGGUCUCGGAAAGCACAGCCAGGAGCUCCUCGGAGAGCGAGGAUGACGACGUGAUUCCUGCAACGCAGUCCUUGGCUCCUGCCAUCAGAACCAACGUGCUGGCCACUGGCCACCCAAGGACAGGCCUCAGGGCCAGCAGCAGCGAGGAAUGCAGUCGGGCAUCAGAAGACAAGAAACAAGAGGCACCAGCCACACAGAUAACAAAGAGGAACCCGGCCUCCCUCCCACUGACCCAGGCUGCCCUGAAGGUCCUGGCCCAAAAAGCCAACCAGGCCCAGUCUCCUCAUGCUGGAACCCAGUCUUCAAGUGGGGUUGACGGUGCUGCAGGAACAGUCCCUGUGACAGGCCUACAGAGUACCCCUCUCCAGGCCAGAGUGGCCAACAAGCUUGGAAAAGCCAAGGGCCAGCAGGCCACUGUCCCUCCCUCGGGACACCCUAAAGCCAAAGCCCCCAGGAGCUCCAAACACAGCGAAGACAGGAGCAGCAGCUCCUCAGGGAGCGAGGAGGGUGCUGAGGGGCCCCCGCUGGCCAAGUCGGCCCCCAAGCCAGGUGCAGUCCCUGCUGGGAAGGAGAUCUUGGUGGAAGAGACUUCCGAGUCCAGUGACGACGAGGUGGUGGCACCUUCCCAGUCUCUCCUCUCAGGUUAUGUGACCCCUGGGCUGACGCCAGCCAAUUCCCAGGUUUCAAAGGCAACUCCCAGGCCAGACCCCAAACCGUUAGUGUUCUCAACUCCAACUACCAAAGACAACCCGAAUGGCAAGCAGGAGGCAGAGCCCCCACGAGGAGUGGACACCACGUCCCCUAAAAAAGGUAGAAAAGAAGCCGCUUCCGGCACCACACCCCAGAAGCCUCGGAAGCCCAAGAAGGGGACCCUGGGUGCCCAGGCCUCGGUCCUGCAGAGCAGCAUCACCCAGCGCCUCCUGAAUGAGCACUGGCCCCUGAGCGAGGCCCAGGUGCAGGCCUCGGUGGUGAAGGUGCUAACCGAGCUGUUGGAGCAGGAAAAGAAGAAGGCCAUGGACGCCACCAAGGAAACCAGCAAAAAGGGCCACAAGCGGAAGCUGCUGGGCGAACAGCCAGCCACCAAGGGCAAGAAGAAGAAGCUGCUGGAGGCUGGGGCGAGUGGGGAGGGUGCCGUUUCCCCUGAAAAGGCCUCUAGGACUUCUAAGGGGAAGACCAAGAAAGACAAAGCAAGCGGUGACAGCAAGAAGAAGGGGAAGGGGCCUUCUGGCUCCCAAGGGGCCAAGGACAAGCCAGAGGAGGAAUUGGGGACUGUGAAGGCCGAGGGAGAAGACCAAAGCAACUCCAAGAGCAAGAAGGAGAAGAAAAAGUCAGACAAGAGAAAAAAAGACAAAGAAAAAAAGGAAAAGAAGAAGAAAGCGAAAAAGGCCUCAGCCAAAGAUCCUGAGUCACCGUUUCAGAAGAAAAAAAAGAAAAAGAAGAAGGCGGCCGAGCAGGUGCAGGCGGUGUGAGGGGCCAGCAGAAGGUGCAGUUACACUUCCUGACCAGCCAGGGAUCUCUUCUUUGCUGAGUGGUGAUGACCCCCAUGCCUCUGACCUCUGCCUGCCAUGGGCUGAAACUGAAUUUUAACUUUCCUCCCUCG